AGGAGGGCUGUGACUAAAGCCUGUCUCUCAGAGAGGAGUGUGUGCCGUGUGGAUCUCGCUUGAUAUAUUCACCAGGCAGUGCAGAGGAGAGGACCUGAGAGGAAGUGUCUUGUUGCUCAUAGGAAGAGUGCAGGAGUGUUCAUGUGUGGAGUCCAGUAAACUGAGACACAAAGGAAUACUAAGCUUUUCUGGAAAAAAGAACUGCUCUGUCAGCUCUAGAAGUCCAGUGAAGAGACGGUGCAGUUGGACCAAAAGAAGAGGUACUCCAGUCCAGGAGGAAAGCAAGAAACAGAGGAAAGAGAGAUGUCAAGUGCCAUUCUGAGACGAAACUCCAGCAAGCAGGGCUUGCAGAACCUCCUAAGAGUGACAGCCCAGCGCAGUAUUGAGGAUGCAGAGGAGAUUGAGAGGGAGCGACGACGCAGGGCUCGAGAAGCUCUCCGGAAGGAAAAGAGUCUCACUGGAACUUCCGGGUCUCCUCAGGACAGCUCAGUACCAACUGAAGAUCGUCUCUAUGAGAGCGAGCUGAAACCAAGCAGCCCUGGAGGACUGGAGGAGGAUGAAGGCUUCAGUGACUGGACCCAGAGAGCAGAAAGGGGCAGACGGGCCAGACAGGAGGAGAACGGCCCCAGAGAAGAGGACCUGGAGGUGGAAAGAGCCAUGAAUGGAGCAACCAGGGGACAGGAGAAGAUAGGCUCCACCGCACUCACUCCGCAGCAUAAGGCGCAAUACGAAGUGAAGGAAGAGGAGGAGUACAGGCCAGUGAGGAAGAGUAGCGAGAAACGGAUGGAGUUUGGAGAGCGGCCAAGCAGCUUCAGGGACAGAGAGGCAGAGGAAUGGAAGGCAGAGGUGUCGAGAGUUGACAAGAGACAAAAUGAGGAUCCAAGAUCGCACACAGAAGUGAAAGAAAAGAGACAAGAAGUAAAGGUCUCAUACACAUCUAAAGUCUUCCUGCAGCAUGACAGAAUGCCCAGUGCCAACGGUGAUGAUACUGCUGGAGAGGAAGUCACAUCACAGCUGUUCAAAACCAAAAAGACUACAAGGAGCGUGGAUCAGGCCCCUGAACCAAGGGAGCAGGCUGAGGCCAGUCUGGAAACAGAGCAGAAGCUGGAGAAGAUCCGACGCAGCCACCAAGAGAAGGAGAGCCAGGAGUUGGAGCAGCUCCGCCAGCGGCAGGCCGAGGCCGAGGUGGAGCUAGAGGAACUGAAGAGGAGGAGAGAAGAACGACGGAGAUUCCGCCAGGAAGAGGAGCGCAGAAGGGAAGAGGAGGAGCAGCACAGACUAGUGAAGGAGGAGGAGGAAAAGAGGCAGAUGAAGGAGGAUAUUGAGAGGAGGAGGAUGGAGGCAGCUGAAAAGAGAAUGAAGAACCUAAGCACAUCCAGUCCAGAUGGAGAUGAUUCAUUUAACCCACUUAGUCCAAAGAGUCACACUAAUAAGAAUGAGCAUGAGGAGAGAUUGACAGCUGAAAGUACAUGCUUGAUCACAGAGAGAACAGAGUCCUUGAAUCGAUCCUUAAAGAAAAGCAACAGUUUUAAGAAGACUCAGUCACCAGUCCUCUUGUCUAAGAUUGAUGACAGACUGGAGCAGUACACUCAUGCUGUGGAGAUCUCCUCAAAAGAACCAAAGAUGACCAGACCAGCUGUGGUGGACAUGCCCACCGUUCCUGAGCCAGUGGCUGCCAAAAAGAAUCUGUUUGAGGUUGGAGAGGCCUGGAACCAGAACAUGGCAAAAGGCUCUCCAUCAAAGGACACUGAGGGUCUGAAGGUGGGUGUGGCCGACCUCAUUACUCACUGGGUGAAGGGGAGCCCAGAGGGUAGCAACAGAAACUCUUCCAGGCCGUCCGAUGUUAAAGCAGGAGAUGUGCUCCAGAAGAAGAACAUGUGGGAGAUCAUAGGAGAGGGAUCAGCAACAGGGUGGUCAGGACCAGCAGGGAAGGCUACCGCCGCUGGUAAACGCUACAAGUUUGUAGUGACUGGCCAUGGCAAAUAUGAGAAGAUCUCCAUUGACGAUGACCAUUACAAUGACUACCCAAAUGGAAAAUCAAGGGACCUGUGUCACAGUGACCUGUAAGGCGCUGCUUCAUGCUAACAUGUUUAUUUGGAUGAUUUACUGACAGGUAUCAAAUUCAUAUGCAUAAAUGCAACAGACAAAUGUAAAGCAACGAUUUCUAGCAGCACACUUUGGUUUGGAAGCACCCAAACAAUGAUUAUUUCAUCAUGAAUCACAUAUGUAAUUGUAUUAGUAUGUCAUUAAGCACAUGAUGUUUACUUCACUUUUUCUCACUUGCCCUUGUUUAAUUUUAUUCUGCUGUGCUUCUCAGACCACACAUCAGAUUACAAAGCAUUUUGUUGUUUGGUUGGUUUCUUCUGUUUUAUCUGUCUGAUUAUUUGUAAUGAUUCAAUGAUUCGAAUGAUUAUUCAAAACUAAAACAUGUUGCAAAGCCUUUUUCAGGCUCAUGUAAAUAUGAUGUUAGAAAUAAAAAGAUCAUUGUAAUUUUUUUGAUUUGGCCCAGAUCCUAAAGCUACAGUUAGACUAAGGUUUGAGUACAACACAUUCCAAUGACAUUCUAAAUCUAAUUCAGAGAGCAUAACUGGGCUGUUCAAAUAGCUUUUUACAUACAUCUGUACAAUAAUACCAAUUAGCUAACAAAGUGCAGUUAUAAUUACAAGCUCCCUGAGAAAAAAAAACAAAAACAAACACAACAACACUGGAGUUAGUCUUCACCAUUUAUGAUAUUUAUGGCAAACAUCUAUCAGUAAUGAACAUAUUUUGAG